AUGCACCACAUUCAGCAGAAAAUUGACACUAAUACCUGUGUGAUUGUUUCCCAACUAGUUAGUCAUUUUGUUAAAGUAAACUGCAUAAAUCCCACUUUUAUUAUCAACCAUGCUGAGAUCAUGAGCCCACUGGCUAAAUCACACAGAUCAGAACCUGGUUUGAGUGAGCCUUUCAACUUAUUUGUUAACAGAAGAGAGCUAUGUGAUGCCUAUACUGAACUAAAUGAUCAUGCAGCACAGAGAGAACACUUUGCUGAACAAUUAAAGGACCGACAAUUAGGAGACGACGAGGCAAUGGUUUUGGAUGAAUCCUUCAUUACUGCAUUGGAGUAUGGAUUGCCCCCUACUGGUGGGCUAGGCACGGGGAUUGAUAGACUUACAAUGUGGCUUACAGAUUCACAAAAUGUCAAGGAAGUUAUCCUCUUUCCAGCCAUGAGAGCAUAA